GUGUAAAGAAGACACAUAAUGAAAGCACACAGACUGACGACAACCAAUCAACUACCAGUGUUUCAUUUGGGUCAACAGACCCUAUCAGUGUUGAAUCUAAAGAAAAGGAGACACAGACAAUAAUGAUAACAAUUCCUAAAGAAUUUUCAUCUAAAAAAACGCUAGUAGGCAUGGCAACCCGCAGCAGUCGCAGAAAACAAAUUGCCCCCAAAAAAGCAGCAAUUACUGCCUUAAGAAAACGUGGAAGACCAUCGGGAAGUAAAACAAAAACAAAAAAGGCAGUUCAAAUGACGCAGUCUAUACUUAGAGAGGAAACCUCUGAGGAGGAUAUGAAAGAUGAUGAUGGGAGUCAUGGCAACAAUGAGGAUAAAGAUUAUGAGCCAAUAAAGUCAAAGCAAAAUUUAAAUGCUUCAUUACAGUGUAAUAUAUGUCAGGUGGUGUUCUUAAAAAUAAUUGAUUUGAAACAUCACCGAAAAAUACAUAUAAAAGAGAAAUUAAGUUGUCAGGAAUGUGGUAAACUUUUAGCUGGUUACCCAAAUUUGUUACAACAUGUCCGCGCCGUUCAUAAAAAAGAGAGACCUUUUAAAUGUGAUACGUGCAGUAAAACAUUUUCCUCUGCUUCCCAUCUCACAACACAUAAUGAAAAACAUUUGACAAAUGAACAAAAACUGUUACAGUGUGAUAAAUGUGAAAAAAGAUUUGCCCAUACCACAUCUUUAAAAGCUCAUCAGCGUAUGUCACAUCGAGAAAAAUUAUAUUCAUGUGAGACAUGUGGCAAAUCAUUUCCACAGAAAUCCAACUUAGUUGUACAUUUGAGAUGUCAUACAGGUGAGAAACCAUAUCAAUGUGAUGAAUGUGGUAAGACGUUUAGUCAGUUAUCAAGUCUAAGAUCUCAUAAGUUUAUACAUACAGGUGAGAAACCAUAUAAAUGUACACAAUGUGAGUUUGCAUUUGUACGAGCUGAUGAUUUAAGGGCUCAUAUUAGAAGACAUACUGGUGAAAAACCAUACCAAUGUGAAAUAUGUGGUAAACGGUUUAGUAAAAACCAACAACUUGCUGAUCACAAACGACAUCAUACUGGAGACAAACGAUACAAAUGCAAAUUAUGCGGGGGAACAUUUUUUAAAAGUGGCCAUCUUAAACGUCACAUGACAAUUCAUUCUGGGGAGAAAAAUUAUGAAUGUUCAGUUUGUGGAAAGAAAGUAAAUCGUUCUGAUAAUUUGAAAACACACAUGAAAAUCCAUCGUAAAGAUAUUGAAGGUUUGCAGAAAAAAGAAAAGGUUACAUCUAAAUCAACUAUGGUGAUUGAUCCAAUGCAGAAUGUAACAAGCCAUGCUAUGGUUCCAUUAUCACAACCAACCAAUCACCCUGUCUUAAUACAAUCAUGUGAUAUCAAUUAUCAACAAUAUAGACACACAGACACUGAUAGAAUGUUUGUGGAACCAAUAGCAAUACAAAGUGCUAUUGAUACUAUUGGUGGAUUAUCACAUGAACAAUGGUGA